UCGAUAUGAUGAUGAGGACGCUCGUCUCGCUCCCGCCUUUAAACUAACCUUGAAAAAACGUAAACCGGCUAUUUAUGCAAUUCUUUUCAUAAAAAGAAGUGUUUAACAAUCGUUACUGUUCUAUUCUGAGAUUUAAAGAUCAUUAGAAAAUGACAGAAGAACGAAUAAACAUUCAGGACACAUGGACUCCUUACAAGGAAUUACAAAGUCUUGUCGAACAUUAUGUGACAUCAUUUUCAAGUACUCACGAUCCACAAUUUCACGAAUUUUCCGAAGCAUUAAGAAAUCAUAGACAGAAUUUUUUAACUCUAUUAAAAAAUUUGCCAAAAAGUCCAAAAUGCCGUGAAGAAAUUUUAAAAGGAGACGUUGAUGGAAUUACGUCUCCUGCAUUGGGACAUCAAUUAUUAUCUAAGGAUUUGAUAGAUGAAACUUUGAUUAUAUCGGAUAUGUAUAAAUUAAAUGAAUAUAUUGCAUUAGAUCUUUUGUACACUGCACAAUUGCAAAUGCCCUUUCAUCCGGGUUUAACGAGAGGAUUGACUGCUGUACUUUUAUAUUAUGAUGGAAGAAAAGCAUUAACUUCAGCAUUAAGAACUUUAGUUCAGGCAAGAGCUGGACAUAGUUGGAUGCUUGAUAUUCCUCUUUUGUUAACAAAACAAAUCACUGAAUAUACAAAUAGACUUCAAGAAGAUGGAUUAUUAGAUAGAAUUGUUGCUCUCAUCGAAGAAAUGGAUCCUAUGAAAGAACAAGAUUUAUUGCAACAAAAUCGUGCACUUGGUGGAGCAAAACAUCAUUAUAUGAUAAUGAAACUUUUUAAUGACACUCGACAAGAUUUAGCCGAUAUUCUUUAUAUGUGGUCGGCGCAAUCUUCACUUCCAAGUACAAUUACAUUCAGUCUAAUAUCUUUUCUACAAAAUCGUCAACCCGAAAUUGAAGUUGGAGAAGGAAAACCAGACAAUUUCACAUUAUCAAUAAUUAUGGCUGUUUUAAAUUCCAUGAAUCUCAGUCCACUUCACAGUCGAGAAGACGGAGAAGAAAUCGUGAAAUCCAUGCCCAUAAUUUCCGAGCGUGGAAUGCUUGAAGAACUCGUACAAAAAUUAACAACUGGAAAUAUUGCUUGGGAAAGUGCAGGACUUCGUGGUUUACUUCAAUUUGUAUUGGCAAUUGCAGUGACAACAAUAAAAUCAGCACCAAAUUUAUGUCCAACACAAAUUAUCACAAAGGAAGAUGAAAUUUUAGUUGAAGCCGCUGUUUCAAAUAAAGCAUUUCAUUUUGUUGUCGAGGUACUUUUUCAAAAUGAACAAUUUUAUAUGGAGGAAUUUUUUGUACGCUAUUUUCAUACAUUAAUUUCUGAUUUUAUUCUAUUAAUGCCAUUGAAAGUAAAAGAAUUAAGAAGUAGAGCCGAUGAAUCAAUGCGAUUAAUUCAAGCCUAUCAACAAGAAGGCAUUGAACCACCAUUAAAUUUAGAUGAUCAUUUUGAAUAUUUAAUGUUAAUGGUCGCAGAAUUAUAUAAACAAGAUCCAUUGAAUUUAAAUUUAGCUAUUGAUUUUUGGUGUCAACCAUCGGAUUCAACUCAUGUUACAAAUGCACAUCACAGUAGUCGUCUUCCAUCAAGACAAGCGGCUUUAUUUAAAUUUGUUCGUUUAGCCGGUGAAAUAUUGCCAGCGGGAUUAUUUGUGCCUUAUUUAAAGAUGCUUGCCUCUUUGGCUUCAUCGCCUCAAGCUGCACGACAAGUAUUCAAUUUUCUCAAGCCAAAUGGAACAACUGGAUCGUCUACAAUUUCGUGGGAUCAUUUCUUCACAUCAUUGAGUCGUUAUUAUUACAAUCUUCGUCAAGAAUUACCACCAACGCAAGAUACAAUUUAUCGUCAAAGAAUUCAUCCUAAAGGAAUUACACCUCACGAGGUAAAGGGUCUGGAAGCAGUUUUAUUAGUUGUUCAAGUGGUGGCGAAAAAUGAUGAAAUGUCAAGAGUUGCAUUAUGCGAUCAUCCAGGAUGGAAAGUAUUACCAUCAUUGGUUGGUCUUGUUGGUUGUGCUAUGCCAAUUCCUUUAAAAGGAGUAUUAGUUCGUACAUUGGCGGCUCUUGCUAGAUCACCAGAAAGUUCAACUACAGUUUGGCAAAGUUUGGAAGCUGCUCAAAUUCUUUCUACAAUUCCAUCGACAAGUAGUUAUCAACCAAGAGGUGUUCAAACAGAACUCGAAGAAAUUGAAUCAAGAAAUGAAGAAUAUCCACUUACACGUGCAAUGCUUGAACUUAUGGAUGUUCUUACAGAUUUUCCAAUUCCACGACUAUUGGGAGUUGGACAGAGAAAUCCUGGUUUUGAUCCCUAUUUAUUAUUUAUCAUUAAUACCGUCUUCUUGAGAUUUAAUACACGCUCUUAUAAAAAUCCAGUGGAAAAAUGGCAAGUUGUUAAAGUUUGUUUGAAAAUUUUUUAUAAAUUAAUCAAACAAUAUGAACCAUCAGUGGAGGAUUUUGUUGGUUGUAAAGUUGAAUUACAAGGUGGUGAAUCAACGCUUGUUAAUCCAAAUCCUGGAUAUCAUCUUUUAAAACAAUUGCAUUCAAAUUCAGAAUUUUUACAUGUUGUACUUUAUAUUCUUGACGAGGGAUGUCAUCAUCUUGACACAUACGAUUCAUUUCCAGGACAAAAAGAUUUGGAAGAAAGUACUCUUCACUGUUUAGAAAUAUUGGAACAGGGUCUUCGAUUGCAACAUCAAUAUAUGACAAUUGACUCGUCAUCCUUGAGCACUUCGACAAAUAAAUUGUCAACUGGUUUAUCUCGUCUUCUUUUGGGAGUAAAUCCUCGAACGGGAAAACCCGAUCAUAUGAUAAAUGUUGCAAAAUAUAUCUCUUAUAAUUCUUGGCUUAGAAGACAUGCGUAUGUUGCCGUUGGCGUUAUACAAGCGGUAUCAAGUGAACCCGGUGCUGAUUCUGAAUUAUUGUCAACGUUUACGUGUACAUCUGUCUUGGCGACAAACAUUAGACAUGGAUUUGUUGAAUGUUUAGAGACGGACGACAAUGUUGAAUUUGAGGACGAAUUAAAUAAAGAGAAACAACAUAUGGGACAAUGUAAGGAGAGAAUUUUAAUGUUAAUGAUGCAAAGCAUUACACGACCUGCUCCAAAUCUUGCUCAUUUUCUUUUGGGUUUUGAUAUAAGUAAGGAUAUUAGAAAAACAAUUAUUCAACAACCGGGAAUUCUUGGCUUUCCAAGAACUUGUCUACAUUCGAUAUUGGGAAUUCUUGAAUUGUCUUUGGAAAGAGGACGAGAUCGAAUAACUGAGGCUUCAUAUUGGUUUCUUCAUACAUUGUCAGCUAAUACAAAAACAUCAAUGCCAAUAUUGAGAUUCCUUAGAACGGCGACUAAUCAAGAUUUUGUGCAACGACAUCUUUCAAAAUUACCAUUUCAGGGACCAAAUAGAGGAACUGAAUUAGCUUGUAUGUCAUGGCUAUUAAAAAUAUCAGCAAUUGAAUUAAGAGUUGGCGGUGGAUCAUUGCAAAAUUCUCUAAUUCAAAAAUUAAUCGGAAGUCCUGGUCAAGAUCGAAGUCAAAUUGCACCAUCACAAAAACUUUUAAUGGAUCUUCUUCAUUAUAUUGAUUUUCAAUUGAAACUCGAACCGUCAAGAUCAUGGGAAUUUUUCGAUCCCAAUCAAGUGGAAAUGGUACUUGGACGUUGUAGUGUUUCCGUUGCAUUAACAGGUGGACCACAACUUAUUGAUGUGAAAAAAUUACAUGCCGUUAUAACGGAAGAACUUGCAGUUACUCAAAGUAGUGCAACAGCAUCUCAACGUAAAUUAAUGCAACAAGAACUUGAAGCAAUUCUUGCCUAUGCAUUAAAGCGAAAUCAAACAAAAACACUUUCAUUUUCAACAGUUAAAUUUGUCGAAGGCUGGUGUCAAACAACGGAAAUUCUCUUUUCAAUUGCCACAAAUCAACAAUUACCCGCUGCUCAAAGGCAAAAUCUUCUUUUAAAUUUAACUCAUGAUCUCUUGCAAAAAAUGACAUCGUGCGAGGCGUUAAAUGAAAUUAAAACACUCGUCUCGGGAACUGUUUUGAUACUUUUGGUUAAUUUGAAAAAUAGUUUUGUCCUUCAAUCGGAGGGUGAGAGUUUAUUUUCAUCACCGUCAAGUACAACGACAAUGAAAAUUAUUUUAAAUCAUAUACUCCAAUGGAUUUUAAAUUCAGAAGCCUCAUCACAAAAAGUGAGAACACAUUUGUAUGGAGCAUUUUUGAAUUUUUUGUGUGUUGUUGGAUUGGAAAAAUCGGAAGUUGCUAAUGUUAUGGAUUCAAUGUAUGUUAGUCAAUUGGAUAAUUCUUUAUAUCGAGCAUUACCAAUGCAAGAGCGUUCUCAUCGUUAUGCAACUAUUCAAGUGAUUAAUAGUUUUGGUGAUAAAUUAAUGGAUAUUCUUUGUCAUAAUUGUUCAGGUGGACAUGAUGUUUGUAAAAUGCUUGCACUCUCAUGUUUAGAUAAAAUUCUUGAACUCGAUUGCGAUAAUGAUUGGGUUAUUUAUUUAUCUAGUCGUGGUUAUUUGAAACAUAUGAUUGACAGUUUAUUGGAAUCAGAUAAUUUAUUGAGAUCUAUUCUUCAACCAGAUCCACAAACAUUGAGACCAUUAUAUCUUUAUGAGGCAAAAAUGGCAGCAUUUUGCCGUAUGGCUUCAACAAGAUUGGGUGCCGAGAGUUUAUUGGAGAAUAAAAUUUUAUCUUGUCUCUCAAGUAUGAAUGUUUAUGAUCAACAUCCUGAUGUUCAUGUUGGUUUUGAUGGUGGGGAUUGUUCAUUUAUACCAAGUGUUGGUCAAAGAUAUCAACAAAUUUUAUUUCCCGCUUUAUAUCUUUGUGAUGCAUUGCUCACAACGUUGGGAACUGAAAAUCAAUCAUGUUCAAUGCAAGUUUGUGGAUUUCUUCAGAGUCAUCGGGAUAUUGUUGAAAUGACAUUGAGAAAUGGUUUACCACAAUCGCAUACUUUAUUUUUGAAGGAAAUUGCCUAUCUUACUGGAGUUAUUGCAAGAUCUGCAAAUAUUGAUGUUUAUGAUUUGGCAAUGAGUGAAACAAAUGAUUCUGGAAUGCGUGAACUCGGUGCCUAUCUUUAUCGAAUACAAAAAUUAAUGAUUGGUUUACUUCAAAAAUUCCAAUUGACAUCACCACCUUUACAAUCGCAUCUUGCAAAAACAGCAUCUGAAGAACAACAUUUUGCUUCCAUACAAAUAGCAGCAAAUGUGAUGCUUUAUAUACGUAAUCAGAUGCGACAAAAUCGAAAAGAUAGGAAAUUUCAAGAUCCAACUUGUGGUGCUCAAAUGGGAAUUGUUGUUGAUCACUUAAUGGCAGCAACUUCUCUUAUUCACACUGAAUUACCAUUAAUUGAUUCUCUUAUCAAAAAAGCUGCUAUGGUCCAAGAAAUGAGUACAACGGACAUUAAAAAGUAUUUAACGGAAGAGGAAACAGAUUUAGAAUUAAAUAAACAAAGAAUGGUAGUGGAGCAAAGAUUAGCGCAACAAGCAAAAGAUAAACGACAAAAUGUUAAAUAUUGUUCACUUUUGGUUGAACAAAGUUUAUACAUUAUAUGGAGCAAUCUUGAUUUUUAUGUUAUGCAAUCUACAUUACGUCAAAACAAAUCACAAGUUCAUUCAAUUAACAUGGAAGACGGCGCAGUUGAUUGGCGAAUGUCAAAUGAAUCCGUAUCCGAAUUAAAACACAAUCUUGUUUCAGUUUUUAAUGAUAAUUUUGUUACUCAACUGUUAUUUACACACAGUGAAUAUACAACGGUGGAUCGAUCAUUUAUUGAAUCACUUAUUAGGAGGAUCAAAAGACUUCUUCAAUUUAUUGUUGUAAAGUAAAGUAUUUUUCUUUACAUACAUCAGGAAUUUGAUGCUUGUUGAAUAUAUAUAUUUAUUUCCAUAAGAA